GUUUGAGUCUGAAUUAAAAGGACAUUUAUUAGUGCAGACUUGUGAUGUGAGGAGGAGCCUGUGUGAGCGAUCAUGCAGUGAACCACCCACCUCUGUGACCCUCCAGUUUAGCUGCUUGUAGUACACACUAUCAUUCAGUCACUAUGCCUUCCUCACAUUCACAAUCCAAUCUGGAAAAUGCCUACGUCUCCAUAAUGAGAGGAAUUAAACAGCUGGAUCUCCGUGGUUCCAAUGUCCCAUGUGACCUGGUUUUAACUGGAGAUGACGCAUUUCCAUUGGCGAUGAACAGUCACGGUCAAGUAGUUCUAGCGGCUUCUAUGUACGGUUCUGGUCGCAUUGUUGUUCUAGGGCAUGAAGGUUUUUUGGGUACGCAGCCAGCUUUGGUUGAGAACACUAUAAAUUGGCUGAACCAGGGGAAAUCGCAGCCUGUUGGUGUUCAUGUGUAUUCCAAACACGUUGCAGAAAAGCUCCAUUCUAAAUUCCAGUUUAAAGUCAUGAAUGAUUUUAGCAGUGGUCAAGGCAUUGGGGUGUAUGUAACUGAUGCAUACAAUGUAGAGGGGAAAGCCAAAGACAUUAUAGAGUUUAUGAAAUGUGGAGGAGGGGUGCUGAUCGGGGGGCAGAGCUGGUCAUGGGCAUCGCAACACCCCAAAGACAAUACGCUGCUGCAGUUUUCGGGGAAUAAAGUGUCCGGAGUGACUGGAGUCUACUUCUCCAAACACAAAGCAGACGCAGAGAUCAUCCCGGUCUAUCCCCAAAUCCCUGCCUCCUGGAUGUCUGUUGUAGUUGGGAGAGAUUUUGAGGACGACCUGGACUUCUUGCUCCAGGGCGUCUCAGAGUUUGACCUGAUGAAUGGCGUGGUGGCGUCUGAGAUUCUGAUCCAUGGAUCUCUGGCUUUCCCCAUUGGGACCACCCCAGACGGACGAGCUUUUCUGGCCGGAGCCUACUACGGACAGGGGAGAGUGGUGGUGAUCUCACAUGAAGGACUGAUGAAAAGAGAGACUCUUGCCCCCUUCUUCACUAAUGCCCUGCACUGGCUGGACGAGGGCAGGCAGGGCGUCAUCGGGGUUGUGCCAGGGCUGAACCAGGCCUACGAAGUCUUCAAGAAAUUUGGCCUUAACUGUGAGAAGACUACGCUUCGUAAGGACCUGAGCGUGUAUGUGUGCACGGCCUACAAGGAAGACGAGAUACAGCAGAUCCAUGAGUUUGUGGCUGAGGGAGGAGGCCUGCUACUGGGAGGACACUCAUGGCACUGGGCCCUAACUCACAAAGACAAGAAUUAUAUGACUGAGUUUGCAGGAAACAAGAUCUUGAACAAAAUGGGCAUGACUCUGUUGGAGAAGUACAUUACAGACGGGGCCUAUAAGCCUCCAGUUCCCAGCCAGGCCAUCAAAAACACGUACCACUUCAGACACAUCCUGCAUAAGUUCGCUGGUCAUGUGACUAAAGGCGAGCAGCUGGCUAAACACGAAGAAGAGUGGCUGAAAAAACUGAGCCAAGAUUGCACCACCUACCUGCGACUGGAUUCAAGCAACAACAACUACAAGCAGAUCCUCAGCACCUUCACAGAGUUGAUAAAGAAAUGUGGAAUGCCAGAGGCAUGUCAGAGCUGCCCUGUGAAAACUCCCAGAGACAAGUUUCUGUUGCAUGUUGGGACAGAGGUGUAUAAGGUCUACCCAAACAAAGAAGAACUCCUGCCCUAUCUCAUCAAAAACAAUCCCAUGCUACCGGUCGUUUACAACUACAGGGUCAACAUAAGCGUAGACACUGCAGGUGGAGCAGAGUGGGUGAGCACGGGCCUGUAUCUGUCUCCUGGGAUGAAAACCUACAUAUCCAUACCAACAAGCAUCGUCAACAAGGGCUGGAAUGUGCAGAUUGGAUGCCAGACAGACAGUCUUGUGAAUGCCGCAGUGUUGAAGAGGGCUCCAUGUGUCUGUGAGAGGUUCCCAGUCACUUCAGAGAUGAUGCAGGUGCACAACCUUUGGGGGGGGCUCAUUUACCUGGUGGCUCCACCUAAAACUCAGGUGCAAGGAGCGGAGGUCGUAGUUCAAAUGGCUGUACCUGCUCCAUACUAUAAAUCAGGAGUGACGUCUCUGUUGGACUGGCAGCUGCUCCGUACGGCGCCCUCUCCCUGGGCAGAGCUGGAGUUUGAGAACAUCAUCCUGGCUGUGCCCUCUGAGGUGGUGCGGAACCUGGAGCGUCCUGAUGAGUUGGCAGCUCUCUGGGACAGGAUCAUGAGGGGCAUUGCAGACCUGGCUGCUAUCCCACCCAAGUUUAAAAGGAAGGAGCGGUUUGUCUGUGAUGUGCAGAUCUCACAUGGCUGGAUGCAUGCAGGCUACCCCAUCAUGACUUUCAGCGAACCAGCUAAAAACAUCGUCAAUGCUCAACUUAUAAAAAACAAACCUAUUUGGGGCUUCAUCCACGAACUGGGCCACAACCAGCAGAGAGGAUGCUGGGAAUUCCCUCCUCACACGACCGAGUGCACAUGCAACCUGUGGUCUCUGUAUGUGCACGAGACUGUGCUAGGAUUCCCAAGAGAAGAGUGUGAGCCAUCCAUGCGGCUGGAGAAGCGUCGCAAUCGAAUAAAGGAGUAUGUGAAAGGCGGUCGAGACCUGGCGAAGUGGAACACUUUUGUGGCUUUGGAGACUUAUCUUCAGCUCCAAGAGAAGUUUGGCUGGGACUCCAUUAAAAAGGUAUUCGCUGCCUACCACACAAUGACCAAUGUGCCCAAGAACAACAAAGACAAGAUGAACCUGUACUGUGUGACCUUCUCUGAGACUGUGAGCAAGAAUCUGAGCAGGUUUUUCAAGGCCUGGGGUUGGCCAAUAGAGGACGCCACUGAGCAGAAACUCUCCAGGUUGCCAGCCUGGACUGACCACCCCAUGACCCAGUACAAGUGAUACUGGUUGAAAUCUGUGUAAAACUGGUGUUGGGUUUGAAGUCUACAAACAAAUUUCACAUGAAGGAUAA